AUGCCAGAAAAGACAACCAAGAGACCCAAGGUCACGGCACUUUGCCAGCACUGCCACGGGCGCAAGGCCGUUAUGAAAAGGCCAAAGAAUCAUCAAAAACUCUGUAAAGAGUGCUUCUUCCUUGUUUUCGAAACUGAGAUCCACAACACCAUCACCAACGCUGAGCUCUUUUCCAGAGGCGAAAAAGUCGCUAUUGGUGCCUCCGGAGGUAAGGAUCUGACUGUCCUUGCAUCUGUACUUAAAACUCUUAACGAGAGGUAUGACUACGGCGUCCACCUCGUCCUAUUGUCUAUAGAUGAGGGCAUCAAGGGGUAUAGAGAUGACUCUCUCGCCACCGUCAAACGUAACAAGGACCAAUACCAGAUGGAUCUUGAGAUCGUAUCAUACAAAGACCUUUACUCCUGGUCCAUGGAUGAGAUCGUUGCCUGCGCUGGCAUGAGAAACAGUUGCACAUACUGUGGAGUUCUUAGAAGACAGGCUCUAGAUCGUGGAGCCGCCCAGUUGGGCAUUUCGCACGUUGUCACGGGCCAUAAUGCUGAUGACAUGGCUGAGACAGUGUUGAUGAAUAUCUUGAGAGGUGAUACCGCCAGACUAGAGAGCCUGACAUCCAUCAUGACUCAGUCGAGCGGCCUGCCGAUCAAAAGGUCAAAACCAUUCAAGUACUCCUACCAGAAGGAGAUUGUGCUCUACGCUCAUUACAAAAAGUUGGACUAUUUCUCCACAGAGUGUUCAUACGCCCCUGAGGCCUUCCGAGGCACCGCCAGAGAGCUUCUCAAGUCCUUAGAGGCUGUCAGACCUUCUUGCAUCAUGGACAUCAUCUACAGCGGAGAGCAUUUAGCCUUAGCACCAAAGAAGAAAAAGAAGACAGUUGCAUACAAGAACAAGUCAAAGGAGAAUAUGGAACAAGAAAUCCGUCCGGAUGGCACUGUUAGUCUCAAGACAGACGGAAACACUUGCGAGAAGUGUGGCUACAUCACGUCCAAUAAGAUUUGCAAGGCAUGUGUCUUGCUUGCCGGUUUGGAGAGUAGCAGGGCUAAAGUGGGUAUUGAGGAUGGAUCCAAGGAAGGUCCGGCGAAGCUCACUAGAACUCUCGAGCAGUUAACAUUCUGA